ACACUCUUCCCAGGCUAUCCCUACUCUCUUGACAGUCCCAAGAGCACACCACACACACAUCACUUCAAAAUGGGCACCGAAACCCAGUCGGCACUCCGAACGCACGACCAGUUUGACAAGCGAGUCCCUCCAGAGAUCUGGCAACGGACCUUCAACCGCCUCUACCCGUCCCAGCUCUCCCGGAUAUCAAUGGUCAACAAAAACUUUAACACAAUCGUGUCCUCUCUGCCGGUGUGGUCUCACAUGUUCUCAGUCGCCUUUGGACCCAAGAUGCGACUUCUCGACGCCGAAUUUUUCCGCCAGAUGCCGCAGUUGGUUCGGGCGCCGCUGCCAACGAUGACCAAGGGCAAUGUCAAGUACCUGGGUGAAAAUGUUAAUCUGCGCUGGAGGAUCAGGAUGUGUCGCCCUUGUUGUGAGAAGCAGGUUUCGACUUUUGAGGUUGGUAGCGACGAGGAAACCAGGAACAGGAUCCUGUAA